GAAUGUACGUCCGGUAAACAAAUGGAAGGAAGCAAAAACUAACCACCUGAUGACCUUAGAGGCGAUUGACCUGCAGUCAAAAUUCCCAAGCGUUUAAGUGAGACAAAAGUAACAGUUGAACAAGUGAACAAAUUACCAGAACUCAGCGUAGCACAUUGUCUACUUCAUCCGCCCACGUGUUUCAACCUACGACGGACAUUCAAACUAAACCGAACUCUUUUGACUCAAAAAACAAAGUUUUGAUCACUCACUGUGUCGCCGGUUUGUGCUAACUUACCAAUGACUAUUAUGAAUCACAAAGUUUCCUCUCUAUCCAAAGAGUAGCAAAUAGUAUAAAGGAACGCAUAAACGGAGAUUAUAUAAGAGGAAUGCUUCUAGGUGCGUAAAGUUCCAGUGAGAAAUUGAAUGUCAACGGGCAACAAUCAAUCGAAAAAUUAAAGUGCUUGAAAAAAUAAAUUGUCAUGCGUUAUUUAGUGUUAUUAGCGAUACUGGCAUCAUAUGUAGCCGUUUCCUCGGCACUUGGCUAUGGUUUACUAGGCGGUUUGAGUGGAAAUAGUGGCUACGGCGGAUACGGAGGAUAUGGAGGACACGGAGGAUAUGGAGGAUACGGAGGAUAUGGAGGAUACGGAGGGUACGGAGGGUACGGAGGACAUAACGGAUAUGGCGGAUAUGGUGGUUACAAUCCAGGAUACGGUGGAUACAACCCUUCGUAUGGAGGAUACCAGGGAUACGGCGGAUACGGAGGAUAUGGUGGUUACGGUCCUCAUGGAGGUAUCGGUUAUGGAUAUCCUAAUAAGUACGGGGGAAUCUAUAAUGGAUACGGAGCGUAUGGAUAUAAACCUUACUACUGAGUAUGAUACUUUGAAAUCUUAGAACUUUACAAAAUGUGAUAUUAUACCACUGUUGAAAAUAAAUUUAUUGUUUUUGAAA